ACCGGCACUUCGUUUGACAGUUUGUGAGGUUUGCUGUGUUUUGUUUAUGUGUUUGACUUGUGCGAAAGAAAAUUCGUGAAAAUUGUGAAAAUUUGAGGUGUUUCUGUGAACUUUUAGCCGUGAUUUGUGACAAUGGUUGCUGCAGAUUCGGAUUUGUUGGCGGACGUGGUGUUUCUAAUUGAAGGAACAGCGAUAAAUGGAGCUUACUUUGGGGACAUCAAGUCGAACUACAUCAUCCCGACGUUGGAGUACUUCUCCCAGUCUUUCUCUUCCCAGUGGAUGGGAGAUGAUCGGGAGUAUUGGACGGGAUUAGAUAGAAACAGCACAUUGUAUGGGGUAGUCGUUUACAAGACAGCCCAGAGCAUGCCGGGAGUUUGUUGUACGACUUACGGGCCUUUUGCCAGCUCCAAAAAAGUACUCAACACCAUCGAAAAACUAGAGCUAACUGGGGGGAAGAGUGAAUCAUAUGCGAAUCUCGCAGAAGGAAUGGCCACAGCUUUGGUAUGUUUUGACGAUCUCGAGGAGCGCAGGGAUCAGGGUACACCCACCCAGAAGCACUGCAUCCUCAUCUGUAACAGUGUUCCGUACUCAAUGCCCGUGCAAGAGUGCUAUAUGUAUGAAAAUAAAACAGUUGAUCAACUUGCGACGAUUUUCCAAGAGAAGGAAAUUAAUUUCUCCAUCCUCUCUCCGCGGAAAAUUCCCGUCCUUUUUAAGCUAUUUGAAAAAUCCGGUGGGGAUUUGUCAUCGUCCACCUCGAAGAAUUAUUGCAAGGAUCCACGACAUCUUGUUCUCCUCAAGGGGUAUUCCCUCAAGGAGCGUCCUGCAAGUCCACCAGCAGCUGCAACAAUUAAUCUACCGAGUCCAUUGGCAUCCAAUAUGAUGCCAAUGAAUAAUCAAAUGGAAGCAGCUGGAAAUCAGAUGCUUGCAGCUCAGCAGAUUAAUCAACCUGGCCCCAUGCGUACCAACAUGAAUAAUCCCGGAAUGUUUCCGGAUGCAAUGCAAAAUCCAAUGGGAAAUCCCAAUAUCCCACGUCCGGGGUUGAUGUACCCUGGUCAAGGUCCAAAUCCCAAUCAAAUGAAUCCCCAGGUUUCCAUUGCACCCCCCAAUCAGACGGCUAUGUCCAUGCCAUACAAUCCCAAUGUGCAGCAACCACAGAUGGGGCAACGAAUGCAAAAUCCAAGGUGGAUGAUGCCACCACAGCAGCAGCGUCCUUUCCUCCCAAAUCCCGGACAGAAUCCGCAACAGCAGCAGAUGCCAACGCAGCAGCAACAGCAAUCAGCUCUCAUUACGCAACUCAGUACUCCACCGCACAGCAUGGCGUCUCAGGGAGUUGGUCAGAUGAACAAUAUGGCGCAGCAGCAAGCCAUCCGGAUGCAACUUAUGAAUCAGCAGCAACAGCAGCAGCAGCAACAACAACAGCAGCAGCAACAACACCAACAACAGCAGCAGCAGCAGCAGCAGCAGCAAAACCCGCAGCAGAUGCAGCAGCAAAACCCGCAGCAGAUGCAACAAAAUCAAGGGCCACAAGUCAACCAACAGAUGCCCCAAAAUAUCCCCACAUCAGCACAACAGCAUAUGCCACCAGCAAGUGGUGUUCCCACGACGGCAGCUGGUGGUGCUACCGGUGGGCAACCAACCUCCAAUUCAAGGGAGAAAAUUUGGACUGGGAUUCUGGAGUGGAUUGAGAAGGCAAAGAGCGAUCAACCCAAAAUUGCACGCCACGUACCGUGCUAUGUCACAACUAAUAUCAAAGAUGGUGAACCAGAAUUGAAAGCCGACAGCUGGCCCCAGAAGCUCAUUAUGCAACUCAUGCCGAAGCAACUUGUGGGGAAUAUUGGUGGGCAAUACCUAAAAGAUUCCAAAACGGUCAUCUUUCACCCAAGUCAAUGUGAAGCUCUUGAUGCCCUGUCGAAAGUCAUGGCAACGGGCUUUGCGGGAUGUGUUCACUUCACAGCAUCCCCACCGACAAAUUGUGAGAUAAAAGUGCUAAUUCUGCUGUAUACAGCUGAGAAGAAGGCCUUCCUUGGCUUCAUUCCCAACAAUCAAGUGGGAUUUGUCGACAGGCUGCGCAAAGUUAUUCAACAAAAACAAGGCUUGAACCAACAGGCUACGGGACAGCAGGGCGGUGGCGCUGGGAAUCCCGGCGGUGCAGGGAAUGCGGGAACGAGCGCUCAGGGUCCUGGUGGGCCGAGUGGUGCUGGUCAGCCGAAUGCUAUGAAUCCUGCACCCAAUAUGCCAACAUCACAACCAACAAGUUCUCAGAUGAUGCAGCAAAUGGGGCAAACGUCUACGGCACAAAUGGGUCAGCAGCAGACAGUUAAUCAAGCCGCACGUAUGGGAAUGGUGAAUAUGCCAAAUGUUGGGAAUCCCAAUCAAAUGGGUGGUAUGCACAAUGUUAAUCCCGGUGGACAGCAUAUGGAUAAUCGGCAGCAGAAUAUGGAAAAAAUGUCUCACCUAAAGCAGUCCCUUGAAGCGGCCGUGCAGCAGGAACAGCAGCAAUUUAAAAACUUCGAAUUUGGGCAAAUGCCAAUUCAUCAGAUGUCCGAUAACAUGCAUGCAGCCCAAGUGGCACAGCAGCAAAAACAGGAGCAGUAUAAAAUGGCAAUGCUGCAGCAGCAACAGCAAAUGCGCGGUGUUGGAAAUUUAGGAAAUCCACAGCAGCAGAAUCCACAGAGGAUGAUGCGUCCCGUCAUGGCGAGCAAUCCUGGCUUGCGGCAUCUCCUGCAGCAACAGCAACAGCAACCACAAAAUCCACCAUAUCGUCAAGUGAUGGGUAUGCAGGGAGGCAAUCCAGGUGGUCCGCAAAUGGGUGUGCGACCACAGCAGGGUGGCAAUCAGCAACCUCAGCAACCCUUUGAGGACAGCAACUUUGACUUUAUUUAAUUUCCUCAUUAUCACUCCGCGCACAUCUCUGCAACAUGUACGUUCACACAUUUAUGUGGAAAAAGUUAAAGACAGAGGACUAUUUUUCCUGCACGAACUGAUAUAAAUUACAGGAAAAUCAGUUUACCGGAUGUUUUCAGCAUGCACUAUUUACAUACAUAAUAAUGGAUGAAUAUAAAAUUUGUAUAAAACACUGUAUAUGGAGUUUUCGAAACUACAUUACAACGUAUUAAAUAUUUUGAACAAACAAUGAA